GGAAGAGCCACAGGGACUGUACGAAGCGCAACUGGAUUUGGAAGACGAGAAACGCGUUCACGCGAACUUCGUUUCAAUGGUGGUCACCUACGCGCUGCUGCUGUUGCCGCUGAUGACUCUCCGGUGGACGAAAUGCUGUUCAGGCAGAACGACUGUACUUAAGACGAUUCCCUGACAAGCCAUCGCCUUCGCGCCGUAUGUUUGGUCGUCUCACAUCUCGCCUACGUGAAACGGGAAGCUUAAAUCCAAGACCUCGUCCUAGAACACGCACAGAUGAACGUGCUGAAGUUGCUGUGUUCGCUACCAUAGCUGUGAAUCCUCAAAUCAGCACACGUCAAAUUGAACGUGAAGUUGGUGUGUCGAAAUCAAGUGCACAGCGUAUUCUUAAACGUCAUAAAUUUCAUCCUUAUCAUGUUCAUUUACACCAGGAUCUUCAUGGAAAUGACUUCCGCAAUAGGGUAACAUUUUGUCGCUGGGCUCAGCAAAAACUUCUGACUAAUCCAAAUUUUUUUGCAGAUGUUCUCUUUACCGACGAGGCAUCAUUCUCCAACAAAGGAAUUGUCAAUAUGAGGAAUAUGAAUUAUUGGUCCGCAGACAAUCCUAAAUGGCUCCGUCAGGUAGAGCAUCAACGUCCGUGGAAAGUUAAUGUUUGGUGUGGGAUUAUUGGAGAUACCAUUAUCGGAUCUUUCAUUAUAAAUGGCAUCCAAAAUGGCAGACAAUACUCCAGAUUUAUACGACACAAUCUUCCAGUUCUCUUGGACACCGUACCUCUGAACCGGAGAAUGGUCAUGUGGUAUCAGCAUGACGGAUGCCCUGCACAUAACGCCUUACGAGCACGACGACUUCUGAACCGUAAGUUCCCUGGUAGGUGGAUUGGACGAGGUGGCCCAGUUAGGUGGCCUGCCCGGUCUCCGGACCUUACACCGUUGGAUUAUUAUCUUUGGGGAGCAGUGAAGGAUGCUGUUUACCAACAUGAACCAACAACACCAGAGGACAUGAAGCAACGCAUUAUUGAUGCUUGUACAGCCAUCAAAGAGGAAACAGUAGCACGAAGUAGGGCAUCCUUCAUCCGCAGAGUGACCCUAUGUAUGCAAGCCAAUGGGCAUCACUUUGAGCAUGAGAUGUGAACGCUAUGUUUAGUAUGUAGUGCUGGUAUCACAGUGGAAGUUUCUACAAAGGGCCAUUUUACCGACUGAUGUUAAGAAACAUUUGUUUGCAACAAUUUGUCA